AUGAUUGGAGGAACGAUGUGAGUGGGAACUCGAAUGAAUAAACAAUGUCGGAUUGAAUUCCAGAGAUCACCUCACAAUGCAUCCUCCCAAAGAUCGGCAGUUGAAAGCUUUCAUCACUUCCGCAUACUAUUAUCCCAAAUCCAAAAGGUAUCAAUUCUCUCAUCUGACCGUUUUUUGUCGAGAAUAACAUUUACAGUCUGGGUGAAAAUGCGCUUGCUCUAGUCAUGAGUAUAAAUCUGGUGAAAAGCCAAGAGAAUUACAUGGACAUGCAGGCCGGCAAAUCAACUGAUCCGACGGAAAUCGUAGUAAUGGCAAGGAACAAGACGUCGAGUGUUGUAGUCAGCACACCGUAUGUCCGGUGAGAAUUGAAGUCAAUAAGAAUACAAUAUACGAGUCCAAAAAUUGAAGGGUGACUCCGCACGAGGUGUGCCAAAUAAUCACGAUUUUCGCCACAGUCCAGUUGUUGCCGAAUGUGCAGAGCAUCAGUAUGGUGGCGGAUAACGGGAUGGCGGAAGUGAGAGCUCAUUUCGGGUGCAGGGAAAACAAUAAUUAAUUGAUGGCUCAGAUUCCGUUCACCAUUGCGUCCUACACAAAACGCGACGUCGUCGUGUGCACAUCUCCACUUUUUGUCAGCGAGCAAUGGCAAAACUUCUUGUUUGCAGUUCAUAUUUAUAGAAAGUAAUAGUCGUGCCCAAGCAAUGACAUUUCAUUUUUAUUUUCAGAUUCGGCGCUUACAUGAAUCUUUAUCUCAUCAGCGCCGUCACGUCUUUCUUCGAACUGAUGAAAGAGUACGAGAAGGAAGUUAGUCUACAAAAAACCAUACUUACUCGGUUUCACAAUAGUUGGUUUAGGGUUACAUGGCGAUUCAGCCAUGGGUCAGUGUCAAGUUCCCGUACGUUCCCGGUGUCACGGCGGAUGCCUAUCAACAGAUUGAAUUCCGAAAUCAAGCUGCUGCUCAGUCUGAUUGUCUUUUGCAGUACAAAGUAUUUAGCAUCGCUCGAGUAUCAUCUAAACCCGGAAAUCUCUCAGGAAUCCGCUCAAUUCGUGACUUUUCUCGAUUUGGACGACGUUCUGAUCCCAAAGCUCGCGCCCACGUUCGUCGAAGAGUUUCAGAUGAUUAUGGCUGACAAAAAGCGGCUGGCUUACAUUUUCUAUCACAAAGAGAACUUUGAUGUGGUUACCGUCAGAGAUGGCUCUAAAUUUUCCAUCAAGAAGAUGUUUGCGUCACUGGAAUACAAAAAAGCGGUAAUAUUUUAUUUUCCAGUUGAUUACUCGUAGACACACACAAAUUUCAGCGAGAAACUGGAAAAAUAGUCGUAGAUCCUGCCAAUUUGAACUAUACGUGGAUCCAUUUCCCGCCAUUCUUACCAAACGGAAUGGAAAAGUAUGAAGUGACGGAGAAUGUGAUUACUCAUUUGAAAACGAUCAUUUGGGUACGGGUUGAGAAGAGAUCUCUUGCUACACAGCACAUUUCAGAGUGAUCAAGGAGAUCGGAGCGGCCGAACGCUCGUCGAGCCUUCUUAUUACAACAAUUCAUCUGAGAAAAUAAUUGGCAGCAAAGCGAUACUGGAGAUUGAAGCCGAUCUGCGAAGAAUGAUGCGGAAGCCGAGGAUACGAGAGAUAUUUCCGGACCUUCCGCGACUUCAUUACUUCUCCGAUUUGGUCACCAAGUGCUACAACGACCGCUACUACAGAUAUCACUAUUCUGGAAGGAUCGGAGAGAUAAAGUGCCCGGGCCCGCAGUUGUGCGGAUUCUAUCAGCACCCGAAGAUCAAAUGUAUGCACGUGAAUGCCACCCACAUCUACAUGGAACCAUUGUUCCCGAUUACUUAUUACUAUGCCACAGAUCCAUAUUUCACCGCUGACAUCGGGUGCUAUCCUCAUUAG